AUUGGGCAACAAAGUGGGACUAACUUUUUUAAAAUUGUUAUAUGUGGUCCAGAAACUAUUAAAGCGAAGGUUGAGCCAAAAACUAUUAAAGCGAAGGCAUUAAACCACUUGUUGAACAGAAACUAUAGUUAUUUUGAGGUGCAAAAAAAUAUCAAACUCCUUGAAACAUAUUGUUUUUCUACAAGUCCUGAUAAUGUUGAAGAGUUUUUGGUAAAAUUACAGGCACAGAUUAGGGAUUUAUUUGCAAAACAUGAGAAUGCUAUUAUUUAUAAUAUUGAAAAAAGAGAUACUUAUCAAAGUGGAAAAAAAGAUCUUUUAACUGAUGAAAUUGAUAAGUGGAUUUGUGGACGUCCAUAA